GCGCUGCCGAAGCCUGGAGCAUCCUGCCGCUGAGCUGAGCGAAGCUCUGGAUCUGCGCGCUUGACAGCCCCGGGAGAAGGAGGCGCGGGAGACAGGGUGAUCAGCGAGAUUCACAGCCCUGGAACUGCGCGGGCUCCGCGGCGGCAGCUCCAGGAACUUCUGCAUCAAUUUCCAUUUGACAAGCUGGUGACCAAGAUGCCCAGAGAUUAGUCCCCAUGCGUGUGCGUCACCUUAGACACAGUCAUAAGACACAGCAAGCCUCCAGUCUUCCUGACCUGUUGCUUGGGGACACAUCCCUUCCCUGCUCCUGACGUCUGCCUGGUCAACCUUGGCUUCCUCAGAGAACAAGGAAGGAGGUGGGACACAUGAAACCAUGCCACCCAAGGCCGACUGGCAAUGAGCGAGUGACGCCAAGCUGACGUCAGAGACAGAGACGACUGCAAUUCUGCCACCAGCUCUUUUCCCAGAGUAGCUCGGGGCCCCUGUAGGAGUCGUCUUAGCUUGGAGGUCUUCCAAAGGACACAGACACCAUGGAAGAGCACACAUUUGGAGUUCAGCAGAUCCAACCCAAUGUCAUUUCUGUCCGUCUCUUCAAACGCAAAGUUGGGGGUCUGGGCUUCUUGGUGAAGGAACGGGUCAGCAAGCCACCCGUGAUCAUCUCCGACCUGAUUCGAGGAGGCGCCGCGGAACAGAGCGGCCUCAUCCAAGCCGGAGACAUCAUUCUAGCCGUCAAUGGCCGGCCGCUGGUGGACCUCAGCUAUGACAGCGCCCUGGAGGUACUCAGGGGCAUUGCCUCUGAGACCCAUGUGGUCCUCAUUCUGAGAGGCCCCGAGGGCUUCACUACACACCUGGAGACCACCUUCACAGGAGACGGAACCCCCAAGACCAUCCGGGUGACCCAGCCCUUGGGUCCCCCCACCAAAGCUGUGGAUCUGUCCCACCAACCAUCAGGCAGCAAAGACCAGCCAUUGGCAGUAGGCAGGACCAUGGGUCCUGGUAAUGGACCUCAGCAUGCCCCUGGCAAUGGACACGAAGCCGGCUUAGUCUCCCAGGCCAAUGGUCUGGCCAUUGACCCUACAAUAAAAAGUACCAAGGCCAAUCUCCAGGACAGCGGAGAACAUGACGAACUGCUCAAAGAGAUAGAACCUGUACUGAGCCUCCUCAACAGCGGAGGCAAAGCAAUCAACAGAGGUGGACCAGCCAAAGCAGAAAUGAAGGACACAGGUGUCCAGGUGGACAGAGACGGGGAUGGCAAGCUGCCCAAAGCUCUGCCGCUGGGCAGUGAGAACGACCGAGUCUUCAAUGACCUGUGGGGGAAGGGCAACGUCCCUGUGGUCCUCAACAACCCAUAUUCAGAGAAGGAGCAGCCCCCCACCUCUGGAAAACAGUCCCCCACCAAGAAUGGCAGCCCUUCCAGGUGCCCCCGCUUCCUCAAGGUCAAGAACUGGGAGACAGAUGUGGUCCUCACUGACACUCUGCACCUCAAGAGUACAUUGGAAACGGGGUGCACAGAGCACAUCUGCAUGGGCUCUAUCAUGUUACCAUCCCAGCACACUCGGAAGCCAGAAGAAGUCCGCACAAAGGACCAGCUCUUUCCGCUAGCCAAAGAAUUUCUCGACCAAUACUACUCGUCCAUUAAAAGGUUUGGCUCCAAGGCGCACAUGGACAGGCUGGAGGAGGUGAACAAGGAGAUUGAAAGCACCAGCACCUACCAGCUCAAGGAUACGGAGCUCAUCUAUGGCGCCAAGCAUGCCUGGCGGAAUGCCUCUCGAUGUGUGGGCAGGAUCCAGUGGUCCAAGCUGCAGGUGUUCGAUGCCAGAGACUGCACCACAGCGCAUGGCAUGUUCAACUACAUCUGUAACCACGUCAAGUAUGCCACCAACAAGGGGAACCUCAGGUCGGCCAUCACUAUAUUCCCCCAGAGGACAGACGGCAAACAUGACUUCCGAGUGUGGAACUCACAGCUCAUCCGCUAUGCUGGCUACAAGCAACCAGAUGGCUCUACCUUGGGGGACCCUGCGAAUGUGCAGUUUACAGAGAUCUGUAUUCAGCAGGGCUGGAAAGCCCCGAGAGGCCGCUUCGAUGUCCUGCCGCUCCUGCUCCAGGCCAAUGGCAAUGACCCCGAGCUUUUCCAGCUCCCCCCAGAGCUGGUGCUGGAAGUGCCCAUCAGGCACCCCAAGUUUGACUGGUUUAAAGACCUGGGGCUCAAAUGGUAUGGCCUCCCUGCUGUGUCCAACAUGCUUCUGGAGAUUGGGGGCCUGGAGUUCAGCGCCUGUCCCUUCAGCGGCUGGUACAUGGGCACGGAGAUCGGCGUCCGCGACUACUGCGACAACUCUCGCUACAACAUCCUGGAGGAAGUAGCCAAGAAGAUGAACUUGGACAUGAGGAAGACGUCCUCUCUGUGGAAGGACCAGGCGUUGGUGGAGAUCAACAUUGCUGUUCUGUACAGCUUCCAGAGUGACAAGGUGACCAUUGUUGACCAUCACUCUGCCACCGAGUCCUUCAUUAAACACAUGGAAAAUGAAUACCGCUGCAGAGGGGGCUGCCCUGCCGACUGGGUGUGGAUUGUGCCCCCCAUGUCGGGCAGCAUCACCCCUGUCUUCCACCAGGAGAUGCUCAACUAUCGACUCACCCCAUCCUUCGAAUACCAGGUCCUGCCCCGCACUGCUCUGGCCGUCAAGUUCUCAGCCAAGCUGAUGGGGCAGGCCAUGGCCAAGAGGGUCAAAGCAACCAUUCUCUAUGCCACAGAGACAGGCAAAUCGCAAGCCUACGCCAAGACCCUGUGCGAGAUUUUCAAGCACGCCUUUGACGCCAAGGCGAUGUCCAUGGAGGAGUAUGACAUUGUGCACCUGGAACACGAAGCCCUGGUCUUGGUGGUCACCAGCACCUUUGGCAAUGGAGACCCCCCUGAGAACGGGGAGAAAUUCGGCUGCGCUUUGAUGGAGAUGAGGCACCCAAACUCCAUGCAGGAGGAAAGGAAGAGCUACAAGGUUCGAUUCAACAGCGUCUCCUCCUAUUCUGACUCCCGCAAGUCGUCAGGCGAUGGGCCCGACCUCAGGGACAACUUUGAAAGUACUGGACCACUGGCCAAUGUGAGGUUCUCAGUAUUCGGCCUGGGCUCUCGGGCGUACCCUCACUUCUGUGCCUUCGGGCACGCAGUGGACACCCUCCUGGAGGAGCUAGGAGGGGAGAGGAUUCUGAAGAUGAGGGAGGGGGAUGAGCUCUGCGGGCAGGAAGAGGCUUUCAGGACCUGGGCCAAGAAGGUCUUCAAGGCAGCCUGUGAUGUGUUCUGCGUGGGGGAUGACGUCAACAUCGAGAAGGCAAACAAUUCCCUCAUCAGUAACGACCGCAGCUGGAAGAGGAACAAGUUCCGCCUCACCUAUGUGGCUGAAGCUCCAGAGCUGACACAAGGUCUUUCCAACGUGCACAAAAAGCGAGUCUCAGCCGCUCGAUUCCUUAGCCGCCAAAACCUGCAGAGCCCCAAGUCCAGCCGAUCAACCAUCUUCGUGCGUCUCCACACCAAUGGGAAUCAGGAGCUGCAGUACCAGCCAGGCGACCACCUAGGUGUCUUCCCUGGCAACCACGAGGACCUCGUGAAUGCGCUCAUUGAGCGGCUGGAGGAUGCGCCGCCCGCCAACCACAUGGUGAAGGUGGAGAUGCUGGAAGAGAGGAACACAGCUCUGGGUGUCAUCAGCAAUUGGAAGGAUGAGCCCCGCCUCCCACCCUGCACCAUCUUCCAGGCCUUCAAGUACUACCUGGACAUCACCACGCCACCCACGCCGCUGCAGCUGCAGCAGUUCGCCUCCCUGGCCACCAGCGAGAAAGAGAAGCAGCGGCUGCUGGUCCUCAGCAAGGGGCUGCAGGAGUACGAGGAGUGGAAAUGGGGCAAGAACCCCACGAUGGUGGAGGUGCUGGAGGAGUUCCCGUCCAUCCAGAUGCCGGCCACGCUUCUCCUCACCCAGCUGUCCCUGCUACAGCCUCGCUACUAUUCCAUCAGCUCCUCCCCAGACAUGUACCCCGAUGAAGUGCACCUCACGGUGGCCAUUGUCUCCUACCACACUCGAGAUGGGGAAGGGCCCAUUCACCACGGCGUGUGCUCCUCCUGGCUCAACCGGAUACAGGCUGAUGACGUAGUCCCCUGCUUCGUGAGAGGUGCCCCUAGCUUCCACCUGCCUCGAAAUCCCCAGGUCCCUUGUAUCCUGGUUGGCCCAGGCACCGGCAUCGCACCCUUCCGAAGCUUCUGGCAACAGCGACAAUUUGACAUUCAACACAAAGGAAUGAAUCCCUGCCCCAUGGUCCUGGUCUUCGGGUGUCGACAAUCCAAGAUAGAUCAUAUCUACAGAGAGGAGACCCUGCAGGCCAAGAACAAGGGUGUCUUCCGAGAGCUGUAUACUGCCUACUCCCGGGAACCUGACAGGCCAAAGAAAUACGUGCAGAAUGUGCUUCAGGAGCAGCUGGCCGAGCCUGUGUACCGCGCCCUGAAGGAGCAAGGAGGCCACAUCUAUGUCUGUGGGGAUGUCACCAUGGCCGCCGACGUCCUCAAAGCCAUCCAGCGCAUAAUGACCCAGCAGGGGAAGCUCUCAGAGGAGGAUGCUGGUGUGUUCAUCAGCAGACUGAGGGAUGACAAUCGGUACCAUGAGGACAUCUUUGGAGUCACCCUGCGAACGUAUGAAGUGACCAACCGCCUUAGAUCUGAGUCCAUUGCCUUCAUUGAAGAAAGCAAAAAAGACACAGAUGAGGUUUUCAGCUCCUAACUGGAUCCUCCUGCCCCAUGGGAUGGUGGGGUGGCCACCCCAAGUGCCCAAGCUAGGGCGGCCACAGUUGACUAAUCGCGGACACACAUGGCUGAACUUUCCCCACGGGACCCCAUGUGACCGACCCUGCCUCUUGUCCUGUUGCUGUGUCCUGGUCCUUCCUCCCACCCCACACUCCCAACCCUGGGUUUUCUCCUUGACUCUUCUCCUGCAAUGCAUUGUCCCUGUAUCCUGCAGUGGCUCUUACAAAACCCUCCCUACCCGCUCGUUGCCAAGGGCAGGUUGUGGCACAUGAAACCACCAGGUCAUGGCUGUCACUCCUGUUGGGGUCUAAAGGCAACUGGCACUGGGCUUCAGAGUCACCCUGAACCAGUCCUUUGACCACUUCAGCACCUCCCAUGAGUGUGUACGUGCGUGCGUGCGUGCAUGUGUGACAGGCCUAGGUCACACUCUGUCCUCUUACCUGAGUCCUCUGCCUUCGUGAAGCACGUCCAGUGCCCGCUGCCUUCGUGAAGGACGUUCAGUGUCAUGAAGCGUGUUCCUAACUAUUGCUAAUCCCUCUCCCACGUCCGUCAUGACAGAUCUGUGUCAGCCUCUCUGAAACACAUCAAGUCCCUUCACUACUCUAGGCGAACCAAUCCCAGCGGGAGAUAGGCAGGUGAUGGAGAGGAAGAUGUCCGUGUGAAGGAGUCAGUCAUUGGUUCAAGGUGUUCAGAGUCUGACCCCCGUCAGCAGAGGUCUGUCUGGGAGAUUUUCCCAGAUGGUGAAUUGGGCAAGCACCUCCCCACCCCCACCCACCCCAGCUGGGGCCACCAGCCCUUGAGCUCCCUCCCAACACCAAGGCAGCCCCAUCUAGGAGCCCAGCAGUCUUGAGAAGCAUGCCCAAGAGAAGUCGGCUUUGAGUCCCAUGUUCUAUGCUUUUGUUUGGUUCUGUGAGGCAGAAAAACAGAACAACAACAACAAAAAAUUCCUCUAUGUCCUGAGCCAGGAUGGGGGCUGCCAAACAGAAAGUGCCUAGGACUUUAUGGUUGUGGACCCAAACCUAAGAACUUCAGUCCUCCCUCCCUCCCUCCCUCCCUUUCUCCCUGCCUCCCUCCCUCCUUUCUUCCAUUCUCCCA